CUGCAGGGAAUGUGAACUGAAGAGAAAGGUGUCCUCUCUUCUCAUAAAGAGACCCAAAGACGAAUGCCCCGCAGUCUCUCGUUCCACCUUACGAGAAACACCCACAGGUGUGGAGGGGCAACCCACCCCUUCAUCUGGUGCCCAACGUGGAGGCUUUUCUCUAGGGUGAAAGUACGCUCGAGCGUGGUCAUUGAGGACAAGUCGACAAGAGAUCCCGAGUACGUCUACAGUCAGCCUUACGGUAAGCUUGUGCGCUCGGAAGAAGCUAGGGUGAUAAUGGGGCAAACUAAAAGUAAAACUAAAAGUAAAUAUGCCUCUUAUCUCAGCUUUAUUAAAACUCUUUUAAAAAGAGGAGGAGUUAGAGUAUCUACAAAAAAUCUAAUCAAGCUAUUUCAAAUAAUAGAACAAUUUUGCCCAUGGUUUCCAGAACAAGGAACUUUAGAUCUAAAGGAUUGGAAAAGAAUUGGCAAGGAACUAAAACAAGCAGGUAGAAAGGGUAAUAUCAUUCCACUUACAGUAUGGAAUGAUUGGGCCAUUAUUAAAGCAGCUUUAGAACCAUUUCAAACAGAAGAAGAUAGCGUUUCAGUUUCUGAUGCCCCUGGAAGCUGUGUAAUAGAUUGUAAUGAAAAGACAGGGAGAAAAUCCCAGAAAGAAAUGGAAAGUUUACACUGCGAAUAUGUAGCAGAGCCGGUAAUGGAUCAGUCAAUGCAAAAUGUUGACUAUAAUCAAUUACAGGAGGUGAUAUAUCCUGAAACCUUAAAAUUAGAAGGAAAAGGUCCAGAAUUAGUGGGGCCAUCAGAGUCUAAACCACAAGGGCCAAGUCCUCUUCCAGCAGGUCAGGUGCCCGUAACAUUACAACCUCAAACGCAGGUUAAAGAAAAUAAGACCCAACCGCCAGUAGCUUAUCAAUACUGGCCGCCGGCUGAACUUCAGUAUCGGCCACCCCCAGAAAGUCAGUACGGAUAUCCAGGAAUGCCCCCAGCACUACAGGGCAGGGCGCCAUAUCCUCAGCCGCCCACUGUGAGACUUAAUCCUACAGCAUCACAUAGUGGACAAGGUGGUACACUGCAUGCAGUCAUUGAUGAAGCCAGAAAACAGGGAGAUCUUGAGGCAUGGCGGUUCCUGGUAAUUUUACAACUGGUACAGGCCGGGGAAGAGACUCAAGUAGGAGUGCCUGCCCGAGCUGAGACUAGAUGUGAACCUUUCACCAUGAAAAUGUUAAAAGAUAUAAAGGAAGGAGUUAAACAAUAUGGAUCCAACUCCCCUUAUAUAAGAACAUUAUUAGAUUCCAUUGCUCAUGGAAAUAGACUUACUCCUUAUGACUGGGAAAUUUUGGCCAAAUCUUCCCUUUCAUCCUCUCAGUAUCUACAGUUUAAAACCUGGUGGAUUGAUGGAGUACAAGAACAGGUACGAAAAAAUCAGGCUACUAAGCCCACUGUUAAUAUAGACGCAGACCAAUUGUUAGGAACAGGUCCAAAUUGGAGCACCAUUAACCAACAAUCAGUGAUGCAGAAUGAGGCUAUUGAACAAGUAAGGGCUAUUUGCCUCAGGGCCUGGGGAAAAAUUCAGGACCCAGAAACAGCUUUCCCUAUUAAUUCAAUUAGACAAGGCUCUAAAGAGCCAUAUCCUGACUUUGUGGCAAGAUUACAAGAUGCUGCUCAAAAGUCUAUUACAGAUGACAAUGCCCGAAAAGUUAUUGUAGAAUUAAUGGCCUAUGAAAAUGCAAAUCCAGAAUGUCAGUCGGCCGUAAAGCCAUUAAAAGGAAAAGUUCCAGCAGGAGUUGAUGUAAUUACAGAAUAUGUGAAGGCUUGUGAUGGGAUUGGAGGAGCUAUGCAUAAGGCAAUGCUAAUGGCUCAAGCAAUGAGGGGGCUUACUCUAGGAGGACAAGUUAGAACAUUUGGGAAAAAAUGUUAUAAUUGUGGUCAAAUUGGUCAUCUGAAAAGGAGUUGCCCAGUCUUAAAUAAACAGAAUAUAAUAAAUCAAGCUAUUACAGCAAAAAAUAAAAAGCCAUCUGGCCUGUGUCCAAAAUGUGGAAAAGGAAAACAUUGGGCCAAUCAAUGUCAUUCUAAAUUUGAUAAAGAUGGGCAACCAUUGUCGGGAAACAGGAAGAGGGGCCAGCCUCAGGCCCCCCAACAAACUGGGGCAUUCCCAGUUCAACUGUUUGUUCCUCAGGGUUUUCAAGGACAACAACCCCUACAGAAAAUACCACCACUUCAGGGAGUCAGCCACUUACAACAAUCCAACAGCUGUCCCGCGCCACAGCAGGCAGCGCCACAGUAGAUUUAUGUUCCACCCAAAUGGUCUCUUUACUCCCUGGAGAGCCCCCACAAAAGAUUCCUAGAGGGGUAUAUGGCCCGCUGCCAGAAGGGAGGGUAGGCCUUAUUUUAGGGAGAUCAAGUCUAAAUUUGAAGGGAGUCCAAAUUCAUACUGGGGUAAUUUAUUCAGAUUAUAAAGGGGGAAUUCAGUUAGUGAUCAGCUCCACUGUUCCCCGGAGUGCCAAUCCAGGUGAUAGAAUUGCUCAAUUACUGCUUUUGCUUUAUGUUAAAAUUGGGGAAAACAAAACGGAAAGAACAGGAGCGUUUGGAAGUACCAACCCUGCAGGAAAAGCCACUUAUUGGGCUAAUCAGGUCUCAGAGGAUAGACCUGUGUGUACAGUCACUAUUCAGGGAAAGAGUUUGAAGGAUUAGUGGAUACCCAGGCUGAUGUUUCUAUCAUCGGCAUAGGCACCGCCUCAGAAGUGUAUCAAAGUGCCAUGAUUUUACAUUGUCUAGGAUCUCAUAAUCAAGAAAGUACGGUUCAGCCUAUGAUCACUUCUAUUCCAAUCAAUUUAUGGGGCCGAGACUUGUUACAAGAAUGGCAUGCAGAGAUUACUAUCCCAGCUUCCCUAUACAGCCCCAGGAAUCAAAAAAUCAUGACUAAAAUGGGAUAGCUCCCUAAAAAGGGACUAGGAAAGAAUGAAGAUGGCAUUAAAGUCCCAAUUGAGGCUGAAAAAAAUCAAAAAAGAAAAGGAAUAGGGCAUCCUUUUUAGAAGCGGUCACUGUAGAGCCUCCAACACCCAUUCCAUUAACUUGGGGAAAAAAAAAACUGUAUGGUAAAUCAGUAGCCGCUUCCAAAACAAAAACUGGAGGCUUUACACUUAUUAGCAAAGAAACAAUUAGAAAAAGGACAUAUUGAGCCUUCAUUUUCGCCUUGGAAUUCUCCUGUUUGUAAUUCAGAAAAAAUCCGGCAGAUGGCGUAUGCUAACUGACUUAAGAGCCAUUAAUGCCAUAAUUCAACCCAUGGGGGCUCUCCCACCCCAGUUGCCCUCUCCAGCCAUGGUCCCCUUUAAUUAUAAUUGAUCUGAAGGAUUGCUUUUUUACCAUUCCUCUGGCAAAACAUGAUUUUGAAAAAUUUGCUUUUACUAUACCAGCCUAAAUAAUAAAGAACCAGCCACCAGGUUUCAGUGGAAAGUAUUGCCUCAGGGAAUGCUUAAUAAUUCAACUAUUUGUCAGACUUUCAUAGCUGAAGCUCUGCAACCAGUUAGAGACAAGUUUUCAGACUGUUAUAUCGUUCAUUAGGUUGAUAUUUUGUGUGCUGCAGAAACGAGAGACAAAUUAAUUGACCGUUACACAUUUCUGCAGACAGAGGUUGCCAACGCGGGACUGACAAUAGCAUCUGAUAAGAUUCAAACCUCUCCUCCUUUCCAUUACUUGGGAAUGCAGGUAGAGGAAAGGAAAAUUAAACCACAAAAAAUAGAAAUAAGAAAAGACACAUUAAAAACAUUAAAUGAGUUUCAAAAGUUGCUAGGAGAUACUAAUUGGAUUUGGAGAUAUUAAUUGGAUUUGGCCAACUCUAGGCAUUCCUACUUAUGCCAUGUCAAAUUUGUUCUGUUUCUUAAGAGGGGACUCGGAAUUGAAUAGUGAAAGAACGUUACCUCCAGAGGCAACUAAAGAAAUUAAAUUAAUUGAAGAAAAAAAUUCGGUCAGCACAAGUAAAUAGGAUCACUUGGCCCCACUCCAAAUUUUGAUUUUUGCUACUGCAUAUUCUCUAACAGGCAUCAUUGUUCAAAACACAGAUCUUGUGGAGUGGUCCUUCCUUCCUCACAGUACAAUUAAGACUUUUACAUUGUACUUGGAUCAAAUGGCUACAUUAAUUGGUCAGGGAAGAUUACGAAUAAUAACAUUGUGUGGAAAUGACCCAGAUAAAAUCACUGUUCCUUUCAACAAGCAACAAGUUAGACAAGCCUUUAUCAAUUCUGGUGCAUGGCAGAUUGGUCUUGCUAAUUUUGUGGGAAUUAUUGAUAAUCAUUACCCAAAAACAAAAAUCUUCCAGUUCUUAAAAUUGACUACUUGGAUUCUGCCUAAAAUUACCAGACGUGAACCUUUAGAAAAUGCUCUAACAGUAUUUACUGAUGGUUCCAGCAAUGGAAAAGCGGCUUACACAGGGCCAAAAGAACGAGUAAUCAAAACUCCGUAUCAAUCAGCUCAAAGAGCAGAGUUGGUUGCAGUCAUUACAGUGUUACAAGAUUUUGACCAACCUAUCAAUAUUAUAUCAGAUUCUGCAUAUGUAGUACAGGCUACAAGGGAUGUUGAGACAGCUCUAAUUAAAUAUAGCAUGGACGAUCAGUUAAACCAGCUAUUCAAUUUAUUACAACAAACUGUAAGAAAAAGAAAUUUCCCAUUUUAUAUUACUCAUAUUUGAGCACACACUAAUUUACCAGGGCCUUUGACUAAAGCAAAUGAACAAGCUGACUUACUGGUAUCAUCUGCAUUCAUAAAAGCACAAGAACUUCUUGCUUUGACUCAUGUAAAUGCAGCAGGAUUAAAAAACAAAUUUGAUGUCACAUGGAAACAGGCAAAAGAUAUUGUACAACAUUGCACCCAGUGUCAAGUCUUACACCUGCCCACUCAAGAGGCAGGAGUUAAUCCCAGAGGUCUGUGUCCUAAUGCAUUACGGCAAAUGGAUGUCACACAUGUACCUUCAUUUGGAAGAUUAUCAUAUGUUCAUGUAACAGUUGAUACUUAUUCACAUUUCAUAUGGGCAACUUGCCAAACAGGAGAAAGUACUUCCCAUGUUAAAAAACAUUUAUUAUCUUGUUUUGCUGUAAUGGGAGUUCCAGAAAAAAUCAAAACUGACAAUGGACCAGGAUAUUGUAGUAAAGCUUUCCAAAAAUUCUUAAGUCAGUGGAAAAUUUCACAUACAACAGGAAUUCCUUAUAAUUCCCAAGAACAGGCCAUAGUUGAAAGAACUAAUAGAACACUCAAAACUCAAUUAGUUAAACAAAAAGAAGGGGGAGACAGUAAGGAGUGUACCACUCCUCAGAUGCAACUUAAUCUAGCACUCUAUACUUUAAAUUUUUUAAACAUUUAUAGAAAUCAGACUACUACUUCUGCAGAACAACAUCUUACUGGUAAAAAGAACAGCCCACAUGAAGGAAAACUAAUUUGGUGGAAAGAUAAUAAAAAUAAGACAUGGGAAAUAGGGAAGGUGAUAACGUGGGGGAGAGGUUUUGCUUGUGUUUCACCAGGAGAAAAUCAGCUUCCUGUUUGGAUACCCCCUAGACAUUUGAAGUUCUACAAUGAACCCAUCGGAGAUGCAAAGAAAAGGGCCUCCACAGAGAUGGUAACACCAGUCACAUGGAUGGAUAAUCCUAUAGAAGUAUAUGUUAAUGAUAGUGUAUGGGUACCUGGCCCCACAGAUGAUCGCUGCCCUGCCAAACCUGAGGAAGAAGGGAUGAUGAUAAAUAUUUCCAUUGGGUAUCGUUAUCCUCCUAUUUGCCUAGGGAGAGCACCAGGAUGUUUAAUGCCUGCAGUCCAAAAUUGGUUGGUAGAAGUACCUACUGUCAGUCCUAACAGUAGAUUCACUUAUCACAUGGUAAGCGGGAUGUCACUCAGGCCACGGGUAAAUUAUUUACAAGACUUUUCUUAUCAAAGAUGAUUAAAAUUUAGACCUAAAGGGAAACCUUGCCCCAAGGAAAUUUCCAAAGAAUCAACAAAUACAGAAGUUUUAGUUUGGGAAGAAUGUGUGGCCAAUAGUGCGGUGAUAUUACAAAACAAUGAAUUCGGAACUAUUAUAGAUUGGGCACCUCGAGGUCAAUUCUAACACAAUUGCUCAGGACAAACUCAGUCGUCUCCAAGUGCACAAGUGAGUCCAGCUGUUGAUAGCGACUUAACAGAAAGUCUAGACAAACAUAAGCAUAAAAAAUUACAGUCUUUCUACCCUUGGGAAUGGGGAGAAAAAGGAAUCUCUACCCCAAGACCAGAAAUAAUAAGUCCUGUUUCUGGUCCUGAACAUCCAGAAUUAUGGAGGCUUACUGUGGCCUCACACCACAUUAGAAUUUGGUCUGGAAAUCAAACUUUAGAAAUGAGAUCGUAAGCCAUUUUAUACUAUCGACCUAAAUUCCAGUCUAACGGUUCCUUUACAAAGUUGCGUAAAGCCCCCUUAUAUGCUAGUUGUAGGAAAUAUAGUUAUUAAACCAGACUCCCAAACUAUAACCUGUGAAAAUUGUAGAUUGUUUACUUGCAUUGAUUCAACUUUUAAUUGGCAGCACCAUAUUCUGCUGGUGAGAGCAAGAGAGGGCGUGUGGAGCCCUGUGUCCAUGGACUGACCGUGGGAGGCCUCGCCAUCCAUCCAUAUUUUGACUGAAGUAUUAAAAGGCAUUUUAAAUAGAUCCAAAAGAUUCAUUUUUACUUUAAUUGCAGUGAUUAUGGGAUUAAUUGCAGUCACAGCUAUGGCUGCUGUGGCAGGAGUUGCAUUGCACUCUUCUGUUCAGUCGGUAAACUUUGUUAAUGAUUGGCAAAAGAAUUCUACAAGAUUGUGGAAUUCACAAUCUAGUAUUGAUCAAAAAUUGGCAAAUCAAAUUAAUGAUCUUAGACAAACUGUCAUUUGGAUGGGAGACAGACUCAUGAGCUUAGAACAUCGUUUCCAGUUACAGUGUGACUGGAAUACGUCAGAUUUUUGUAUUACACCCCAAAUUUAUAAUGAGUCUGAGCAUCACUGGGACAUGGUUAGACGCCAUCUACAGGGAAGAGAAGAUAAUCUCACUUUAGACAUUUCCAAAUUAAAAGAACAAAUUUUCGAAGCAUCAAAAGCCCAUUUAAAUUUGGUGCCAGGAACUGAGGCAAUUGCAGGAGUUGCUGAUGGCCUCGCAAAUCUUAACCCUGUCACUUGGGUUAAGACCAUCGGAAGUACUAUGAUUAUAAAUCUCAUAUUAAUCCUUGUGUGCCUGUUUUGUCUGUCGUUAGCCUGCAGGUGUACCCAACAGCUCCGAAGAGACAGCGACCAUCGAGAACGGGCCAUGAUGAUGAUGGCGGUUUUGUUGAAAAUAAAAGGGGGAAAUGUGGGGAAAAGCAAGAGAAAUCAGAUUGUUACUGUGUCUGUGUAGAAAGAAGUAGACAUAGGAGACUCCAUUUUGUUCUGUACUAAGAAAAAUUCUUCUGCCUUGAGAUUCUGUUAAUCUAUGACCUUACCCCCAACCCCGUGCUCUCUGAAACAUGUGCUGUGUCAAACUCAGGGUUAAAUGGAUUUAGGGCUGUGCAAGAUGUGCUUUGUUAAACAAAUGCUUGAAGGCAGCAUGCUCCUUAAGAGUCAUCACCACUCCCUAAUCUCAAGUACCCAGGGACACAAAAACUGCGGAAGGCCGCAGGGACCUCUGCCUAGGAAAGCCAGGUAUUGUCCAAGGUUUCUCCCCAUGUGAUAGUCUGAAAUAUGGCCUCGUGGGAAGGGAAAGACCUGACAUCCCCCAGCCCGACACCCGUAAAGGGUCUGUGCUGAGGAGGAUUAGUAUAAGAGGAAGGCAUGCCUCUUGCAGUUGAGACAAGAGGAAGGCAUUUGUCUCCUGCCCGUCCCUGGGCAAUGGAAUGUCUCGGUAUAAAACCCGAUUGUACGUUCCAUCUACUGAGAUAGGAAGAAAACGCCUUAGGGCUGGAGGUGGGACAUGCAGGCAGCAAUACUGUUCUGUAAAGCAUUGAGAUGUUUAUGUGUAUGCAUAUCUAAAAGCACAGCACUUGAUUCUUUACCUUGUCUAUGAUGCAAAGACCUUUGUUCACGUGUUUGUCUGCUGACCCUCUCCCCACUAUUGUCUUGUGACCAUGACACAUCCCCCUCUCAGAGAAACACCCACGAAUGAUCAAUAAAUACUAAGGGAACUCAGAGGCGGCGCGGAUCCUCCAUAUGCUGAACGCUGGUUCCCCAGGUCCCCUUAUUUUUUUCUCUAUACUUUGUGUCUUUUUCUUUUCCAAGUCUCUCGUUCCACCUUACGAGAAACACCCACAGGUGUGGAGGGGCAACCCACCCCUUCAGAGGUGGGUGGAUCACCUGAGGUCAGGAGUUCAAGACAAGCCUGGCCAACAUGGUGAAACCCCAUCUCUACUAAAAAUACAAAAUUAGCCAGGUGUGGUGGCAGGUGCCUGUAGUCCCAGCUACUUGGGAGGCUGAGGAGAAUCGCUUGAACCUGGGAGGGGGAGGUUUCAGUGAGCCGAGAUUGCACCACUGCACUCCAGCCUUGGGGACAGAGUGAAACUCUGUCUCAAAAAAACAACAAAAAACCCCACCUAUAGACAGGACUAGCUACAUAAAUAAUUUGCAGGGCUCAGUGUAAAAUGAAAGUGUGAGGUCCCUUUUUCAAAGACGUAGAAGGCCAGGCGCGGUGGCUCAUGCCUGUAAUCCCAGCACUUUGGGAGGCUGAGGCAGGCAGGUUAUGAGGUCAGGAGUUCGAGACAGCCUGACCAAUAUGGUGAAACCCCAUCUCUACUAAAAAUACAAAAAUUAGCUGGGUGUGGUAGUGGGCGCCUGUAGUCCCAGCUACUCAGGAGGCUGAGGCAGAAGAAUUGCUUGAACCCAGGAGACGGAGGUUGCAGUGAGCUGAGAUCGUGCCACUGCACUCUCCAGCCUCGGUGACAGAGCGAGACUCUGUCUCAAAAAAAAAAAAAAAAAACACACAGAAAAAGGUGCUAUUAAAGAUACCAAAAUAUAAGGCACUUUCCUUUAUUCUGCAAUCUGUCUCUCCACUUUUCAUAGUAUUUUUUCAUUUGUUAUUUAACAUCAUGUUUUGUCAGGUGAGGACAUUUACUCAGCCAGUGCAGCACUCACUGGUAUCCAGGGGCCAUAGGUGAUUUGAUGCACCCACAUGGCCCACCAGCUGUUGAGUUCCACCUCCAGCCAGCCACUGGACCAACAUGCAGUGCCCUGGCUGGGGGCAGGAAAGUCUAACAAACCAUUUCAUUCCACUGUCCUCCUGGCCAAACCCACAGAGGACAGGUAACCCCCCUUGGAUGUGUUUUGUACUUGGAUCUGGGGUGGGCAUCAAGUCACUUGCAGAAUGUAUGAUGGUGCUGCCAGCUUGGGGGAAGGAGGAGGGCAGCAGUAGUAUUGGAGGGGAGGGGAAAGAUAGGCCAUUGUCAGGGAACUGCAGACUCAGCCUGUGGAGGCAGCUGGGGAAGCAGCAGAAAGCGGGACUGCACGUUAGCUGAGACACCAAGCCCUAGGCACAUGCUCUAUUAUUCUCUUGUACUACUUCACUGAUAAAACACAAAAUUAAAGAUAGACUUUCAAGACAGCAACAGCAGAAAAUUAAACUCCAAGUAUGGGACCCUUCUUAGCAUAGUGCCGUAUGCAACUGCACUGGUCACACAACUUGAAGCUGGCUCUGCCUUUAGAUUACAAGAAAUUUGGGCAGGGUGUGGCAGUUCAUGCCUGUAAUCCCAGCACUUUGGGAGGACAAAGCCAGAGGAUAGCUUGAGGCCAGGAAUUUGAGACCAGACUGGUUAACCUAGAGAGACUCUGUUUCUACAAAAUCUAAAAAAAAAAUUAGCUGGGCAUGGUGGUGCAUGCCCGUAGUCUCAGCUACUUGGGAGGCUGAGGUGGGAGGAUCGCUUGAUCUCAGGAGUUUGAGGCUGCAGUGAGACGUGAUUGUACCACUGCACUCCAGCCUGGGUGACAGAGCAAGAUCCUGUCUCAGAAAAAAAAAAAAAAAAUUUUAGUGACUUUGUUAACCAGUUACAAUGUAUGGAUUUCAUUUAAGCCCUGCUUAAAUAAGCUGGACAGACCUGGGGUAAUUAGAGUACUUAUUGGAUUUUUGUUAUUAAGAUUUACUGUUAAUUUUUUAGGUUUUAUGAUUGUACUGUGGUUAUUUUUUAGUUAUUUUUUCAAAGUACAUACUAAAUAUAUUUACAGAUGAAAGAACAUGUCUGAGUCGGGCAUGAUGGCUCACGCUUGUAAUGUCAGCACUUUGGGAGGCUGAGGUGGCUGGAUCACUUCAGGUCAGGAGUUUGAGACCAGCCUGACCAACAUGGUGAAUCCCCGUCUCUACUAAAAAAAUACAAAAUCAGCCAGGUGUGAUGGUGCAUAUCUGUAAUCCCAGCUACUUGGGAGGCUGGGGCAGGAGAAUUGCUUGAACCCAGGAGGUGGAAGUUGCAGUGAGCUGUGAUCACGCCAUUGUACUCCAGCCUGGGCAACAAGAGAAAUUCCGUCUCAAAAAAAAAAAAAAAAGAAAUAACAUAUUUGAGAUUUGCUUUAAAAUAAUCUGAAGGCAGAGUUAGUGGGUGUGAUAAUUAAUAUUAGAUAUCAAAUUGAUUGGAUUGACAGAUGCCUAGAUGCUGAAUCAUUGUUUCUAGGUGUGUCUGUGAGGGUGUUUCCAGAGGAGAUUGACUUGUGAGUCAGUGGACUGAGAGGGAAGGACUCACCCUGAAGGUGGGCAGGCACCACCCAAUCAGCUGGCCCAACUAGGACAAAGCAGGCAGAAGAAGGGGGAUACUCAGCUCAUACUGCUUUAUUUCUCUUGCUCCCUUCUCGAGUGGGAUGCCAUCUUUCUUCUGCCCUUGCACAUCAUACUCCAGGUUCUUUGGGUUUUGGACUCUGGAACUUGCACCAGCAGCCUCUCGGGGAUUCUCAGGCCUUCAGCCACAGAUUGGGGACUACACUUUUGUCUUUCCUAGUUCUAAGGCUUUUGGACUGGAAUGAAGCCACCAGCUUUUCUGGUUCUCCAGUUUGUGGACACCCUGUUAGUGAGACUACUUCACCUUUGUGAUUGUGUAAGCCAAUUCCCCCUAAUAAAAUCUCUCUCUCUAUCUAUCUAUCUAUCUAUCUAUAUAUCUCCUAUUGGUUCUGUCCUGAAGGGGUGGGUUGCCCCUCCACACCUGUGGGUGUUUCUCGUUAGGUGGAACGAGAGACUUGGAAAAGAAAAAGACACAGAGACAAAGUAUAGAGAAAGAAAUAAGGGGACCCAGGGAACCAGCAUUCAGCAUAUGGAGGAUCCCGCCAGCUUCUGAGUUCCCUUAGUAUUUAUUGAUCAUUCAUGGGUGUUUCUCUGAGAGGGGGAUGUGUCAGGGUCACAAGACAAUAGUGGGGGGAGGGUCAGCAGACAAACAACGUGAACAAAGGUCUUUGCAUCAUAGACAAGGUAAAGAAUCAAGUGCUGUGCUUUUUGAUACGCAUACACAUAAACAUCUCAAUGCUUUACAAAGCAGUAUUGCUGCCCGCAUGUCCCACCUCCAGCCCUAAGGCGGUUUUUCCCUGUCUCAGUAGAUGGAACGUACAAUGGGUUUUAUACCGAGACAUUCCAUUGCCCAGGGACGGGCAGGAGACAGAUGCCUUCCUCUUGUCUCAACUGCAAGAGGCAUGCCUUCCUCUUAUACUAAUCCUCCUCAGCACAGACCCUUUACGGGUGUUGGGCUGGGGGACGGUCAGGUCUUUCCCUUCCCACGAGGCCAUAUUUCAGACUAUCACAUGGGGAGAAACCUUGGACAAUACCUGGCUUUCCUAGGCAGAGGUCUCUGCGGCCUUCCGCAGUUUUUAUGUCCCUGGGUACUUGAUAUUAGGGAGUGGUGACGACUCUUAACGAGCAUGCUGCCUUCAAGCAUCUGUUUAAAAAAGCACAUCUUGCACAGCCCUAAAUCCAUUUAACCCUGAGUUGACACAGCACAUGUUUCAGAGAGCACGGGGUUGGGGGUAAGGUCAUAGAUUAACAGAAUCUCAAGGCAGAAGAAUUUUUCUUAGUACAGAACAAAAUGGAGUCCCCUAUGUGUACUUCUUUCUACACAGACACAGUAACAAUCUGAUCUCUCUUGCUUUUCCCCACACUGUCCCUCUGGAGUACCCUGACUAAUACUGUGUGUAAGUCAUUUAUGAAAAAUGAUUCAUGGGUAGGGUAGCUCAUUCCUGUAAUCCCAGUGCUUUGGGAGGCUGAGGUGGGAGAACUGCUUGAAGCCAGGAGUUCAAGACCAGCCUGGGCAACAUGGUGAGACCCAUCUCUACAAAAAAUUUUAAAAAUUCGUUGGGCAUGGUGGUAUACUCAUGUAGUCCUAGGCAUUUGGGAGGCUGAGGUGGGAGGAUUGCUUGAACCCAAGAACUGCAGGCUGCACUGGAGCUAUGAUCAUACACUCUAGCCUAGACAACAGAAUGAGACCUUGUCUCUAAAAAUAAAUAAAUAAAGGGCUAGGCAUGGUGGCUCAUGCCUGUAAUCCUAGCACUUUGGGAGGCCAAGGCGGGCGGAUCACUUGAGGUCAGGAGUUUGAGACCAGCCUGGCCAACAGGGUGGAACCUCGUCUCUACUAAAAAUACAAAAAUUAGCUGGGCAUGGUGGCACAUGCCUGUAAUCCCAGCUACUUGGGAGGCUAAAGCAGGAGAAUUGCUUGAACCAGUGGGCAGAGGUUGCAGUGAGCCGAGAUCGCACCAUUGCACUCCAGCCUGGGCAACAAGAGUGAAACUCUGUCUCAAAAAAAAAAAAAAAAAAGAAAAGAAAAGAAAGAUGGUGGCCAGAAAUGGGUAAUGGUUGAAGCUGGAUAUUAGGUACCAGGGUUCAUCAAAAUAGUCUCUAUAUUAUUAUAUACUUUUAAAUUACUUUUCCAUGAUGAAAAGUUUCAAACAAUUAUUAUGUAUCUUGGGAUUAAUUUACGUCCCACAAUUCAGUCCUGAAAAAUAAAGUAAGCACCAAUUGUAUUACUUUGUAAUUAAAAAAAUACUUUGCGGGAAAAAAAUCCCCAUACUUUAUAUAGGAAUGCUUAUAGCAGCUGUAUUCAUAAUAGACAAAUACAGGGAACAGCUUAGGUGCCCAUCAAUAGGUGAAUAUAUAGGCAAACUAUAAUACAUAUCAAUGUACUACUACUUAACAAUAAAGUAGAAUGAACUGUUGAUUUACACAACAUGGAUGAGUCUCAGACAUUAUAUUAAUUGAAAGACUUACAUUGAAAGUACAUACCAUAUGAUUCCAUAUAUAUCAAGUUCUACAUCAUGCAAAAUAACCUAUGGUGGGGGGAAAAAAUCAGAACACUGGUUGCCUCUAUAUGGUAGGGGAAGGACUAACUGGAAAGGGGUAGGAGGGAACUUUCCAUGUGAAUAACAAUUUUCUAUAUCCUUUUUUUUUUGAGAAGGAGUUUCGCUCUUGUUGCCCAAGCUGGAGUGCAAUGGCGCAGUCUUGACCCACUGCAACCUCUGCCUCCCAGUUUCAAGCGAUUCUCCCGCCUCAGCCUCCCAAGUUGCUGGGAUAACAGGCACCCGCCACCAUGCCCAGUUAAUUUUUGUAUUUUUAGUAGAGAUUGAGUUUCACCAUGUUGGCCAGGCUGGUCUCAAACUCCUAGCCUCACGUGAUCCAACAGCCUUGGCCUCUCGAAGUGCUGGGAUUACAGGUGUGAGCGACUGGGCCCAGCCAGUUUUCUAUAUCUUGAUGAGUUUUGGUUUAAUAAUACAGUUUGUCAAACUCAGGGGAUGCUAAUUUAAGAUUUGAAAAUUUCAGUGUAUAUAAAUUUUACUUCAGCAGAAAGGAAACUAAAUAAAUAUUGAACACUAGUUAAUGAAAUGCAUGCUGAAGUAUUUAGGGAGAGAUGUACUUGUCCACUAAAAAACAUCGUGGGCCCAGUGUGGUGCCUCACACUUCUAAUCCCAGCAGUUUGGGAGGCUGAGGUGGGCGGAUGGCUUGAGUCCAGGAGCUGGAGACCAGCCUGAGGAACAUGAUGAAACCUUAUGUCUACAAAAAAUACAAAAAUUAGCCGGGUGUGGUGGUGCAUACCUAUAGUCCCAGCUACUUGGGAGGCUGAGGUGGGAGGAUGGCUUGAGCCCAGAAGAGGAGGUUGCAGUGAGCCAAGAUUGCAAGAUCGUGCCACUGCACUCCAGCCUGGGUGACAGAGCCAGACCCUGUGUCAAAAAAAAAAAAGCGAGCAAACAAACAAACAAAAACCCAUAAUAGACUGAUGGAUGGAUAGAGGGAUACAAAAAUUAGCUGAGUGUGGGCCGGGCGCGGUGGUUCAUGCCUGUAAUCCCAGCACUUUGGGAGGCCGAGGCAGGCGGAUCACGCGGUCAGGAGAUCGAGACCAUCCAGGCUAACACAGUGACAUCCCCAUCUCUACUAAAAAUAUAAAAAAUUAGCCAGGCGUGGUGGCGGGUGCCUGUAGUCCUGGCUACUCUGGAGGCUGAGGCAGGAGAAUGGCGUGAACCCGGGAGACGGAGCUUGCGGAGCCGAGAUUGCGCCGCUGCACUCCAGCCUGGACAACAGAGCGAGACUCCGUCUCAAAAAAAAAAAAAAAAAAAAAAAAAAAUUAGCUGGGUGUGAUGGUGUGCUCCCUGUAGUCCUAGCUACUUAGGAGCCUGAUUUGGGAGGAUCACUUGAGCCCAGGAGGCAGAAGUUGCAGUGAGCCUUAAUCACGCCACUGCACUCCAGCCUAGGUGAUAGAGACAGACCCUGUCUCCCCGAUCGCCCCAAAAAAUAGAAUCAAAGUGUAGGUAAAUGAAUGUUCAUUGCACAAUUAUUUGAAUGUUUAUGUACGUUUGAAAUUUUUCCUAUUUAGGGAAAAUAAAGGGAGACAUCUUCUGGAAGAAAUUGGUAUUAGUGAUUGGCUCAGAAAGGCAAGCGCAAGAAAACUUUUUUUUUUUUUUUGGUUUUUGUUGUUGUUUUGAGACAGCGUAUCCCUCUGUUGCCCAGGCUGGAGUGCGGUGGAGAGAUCACAGGUCACUGCAGCCUCAAAUUCUUGGGCUCAAGUGAUCCUCCCACCUCAGCCUCUCAAGUAGCUGGGACUACAGGCAUGUGCCUGGUUAAUUAUUUUUAUUUUUUGUAGAGGUGAGGGUGUAGCUUUGUUGCUCAGGCUGGUUUCAAACUCCUGGCUUCAAGCGAUCCUCCCACCUCAGCCUCCCAGUGUUGGGAUUACAGAUGUGAACUACUGUGCCUGGCCAAAAUAUGGUUUAAAAAUAUGAUUUGGUAUGGAAUGAUUGCUUAUUUUUUACAUACCCCAUUGGUUCUUUCUCCUGUGCCCAAGCUGAAAAUCUUCCUUCUCUUCCACUAACUUCUUACUUAGAUUUUACUUUCUGAAGAAUAAGAAUCAGUAAACUUUUUCUGUAAAUGGCCAGAGGGUAAAUAUUUUAGGCUCUAUGGGCUAAGGGGCAAAAUUGAAGAUUUUAUGUAGAUACUUGUAGAAAAACAGGGAAAACUAAUUUCCACAACAUUUUCACUGAUGAAAUUCAAAAUAUAAUAAUAUCGAGUACAAAUUUUUGUAAAUCAGGUAUGCUAAUCAGAAGAAUGAAAUUCUUUUUGUGGGGAGAUGGAGAAUAACAUUUUUCUUAAUUAGGUUUCAAAGUUCUUAUUCCCUAUCAAAAUCUAUUGCAAAUGUUCAUCUGUCAAUCAUGAUCUGUAAUGAAAUUUUACAGAUUUUAUCUUUGAAAAAUAUAUUUUCAUACAUAUAGGCACUGCCCAAUAUGAUGUCAAUCCAAGGGCAUAUGAUUUAAAUUAAGUAUAUUAUGCUCUUGGAAAACAAUUACAGAAACACAUUAUUCUCUUCAUAUCUGCCUUUUAGCAUGUCAGAUGAAUCAUUUCUAACUGAUGGUUAGGUGGAAGCUCUUCAGUUGCACAGUUAAAUGGAUUUUGAAAUAUGGAAAUUUCCUUUGUGUUUGCAGAGAUCCGUAAAACACCACUAAAACUGUAGUUUGAGCUUGAAAAAUAUAACCACUGCGAACUUGUGUGAGGAUGGAGAGCUUGCUUUUUGUUUUAACUUGUGACUCAAAUAAUGUUAGUUGUCAAAAUGACUUCAUCACAAUAAGUUUUGCAUGUCAGUACUGUUUUGCUUUGUAAUUUAUGUUGACUUUAUUAGGAUGCAUCAUCAAAUGAUCAAAAUUAGCAAACUAGCAAAAAUGAAUUUCAAAGUCAUUCAGUCAGUGACGUAAAAUAAAUACAAUCCUGAGCCCUCUGCCAACUGCAUGAACGUACCCUCAUGGCCAAGGUGACCCCAGAAAAACCUUUAAAAUGGAGUUCCUGAUCAUAACAGGACAGGAGGGCAGACAUGCCUCAUUAAACUCCCUCCCUUUUGAAGUUUAGACACAACAACUGACCACCAUUGAUGUUAAAGAAGAGAUAUCAAGACUGACAGAAUGGACUUUUUGUGGCAAAAAGGUAUCAAAUGAUAAACAAGACCCAAGGCCAUGCCAGGUAAGGGUUAAGUCAUAUACCCCUACACUUAAAGAAUAAACUGUGUUCUAACUGCCCCAGGGUUUUUCUUUUUCUCUAACAGCUAAACCAUCACUGGCCUAGAGAUAAGCAAUAUUAAAACAACUGUAGCUCACCAUCAGACACUGAAUAAUUGAUCCCCGUUCCACCAGCUUUGAUUGGAUAAGAGACUGAUUUCAGUAACUUUCUCCUGAUAAGAAGACCGCCAACCAUGGACUGAUUCUGGCAGGCUUUCAGAGGCUGCACACUUGCAUGACUUUGUGUCUUGAAAAGAGCUUUUGACAUAUAGGACCUAAUUAUAAUACAUUUAAGUAUUAAAUAUCCACUCCAAAGUGAACACUGGUAAUAUGUUACAUGCAUGUUUGUUCAAUACCUAUGUGUCAGGAUCACCUUUAUGAAUAUUCAGUUUCUCCAGUAACCUGUUGAAUGUGUAUGUUUAACCAAACUGUUCAGCAUAAAGCUCCUACCCCAACCACUCCUCCUUUGAAGUGCCCGUCUCUAGUCUUUCUGGAGGCUAUCCUUCUCAGCCUAUGGGAUGGACACCUUGCAGGCUGUAAACCUUUUUUUUUUUUUUUGAGACGGAGUUUUGUUCUUGUCGCCCGGGCUGCAGUGCAAUGGCACAAUCUCAGCUCACUGCAACCUCCUCUUCCCAGUUUCAAGGGAUUCUCCUGCCUCAGCCUCCUGAGUAGCUGGGAUUACAGGCACCCGCCACCAUGCCUGGCUAAUUUUUUUUUUUAUUUUAUUUUUAGUAGAGAAGGGAUUUCACCAUGUUGGCCAGGCUGGUCUCAAACUCCUGACCUCAGGUGAUCCGCCCGCUUUGGCCUCCCAAAGUGCUGCGAUUACAGGCAUAAGCCAUCACACCUGGCUGGCUGUAAGCCUUUAUAAAACAUAAAAUCUUCUUUCUAAAUUUAUAGGUCUCAUGAUUUGUAAAGGUAACAGUGGUUAAGAGAAAUUCUUUUCAUUUAGAAAAAUUUCAAUCUUGGCUCUCAAAAAACAUCACAAUAAAAUGUUAUCACUGCUAAGUCAUCAAAUGCUAUGUGGCAGGGCAAGGUAGGAUAUUCUGCCAUUUUGACCAAAAAUUCAUGGACUAACAACAGUUAAGUCCAUGAGGAUGAAUGAAUUUUAUCAUUGAUACUGCAGAUUCAAUAAUACCUGUACAUGGUAAGUUCAAAUGUUUUCCACAAACUGUCUGUUUUUUAAUAAUCAAAUGAUGUCAUAACCAUAGGAUUUAAACACCUUAUAUUUUCAUAAGCAUUGUAAAUCUGUCAAACUAAGCCUUUCUCUUUUUAUAUCAUCAGUUGCAAUAUAGCAAAGAGAUUCUACUUCAGGUGUACUUAAUUAGUAUUUUUCACCUUCUUUAAAAAUAUUCUCACCUGUUUCAUGCAGCUGUUUUGGAGCUAAUUCGUCAGUCCAUUCAAUCAUUGACUCCUUGAAUAUAUAGGAACAAAUGAGCAACAUCAAUAACACCUGUCAAUUCAGUACAAGCUAAGGAAAACCAUUCAAAAUCACUUGCCUUGCUUUUUCUUUUUCUAAUCAAAAAAAAAUUUUUUUUUUAGAGAUGGGAUCUCCUGUGUUGCCUAGGCUGGAUUUGAACUCCUAGGCUGACUCAGUUCCCUGAGUAGCUAGGACUACAGGCAUAGGCCACCUCACGUGGCUAACUUGCCUUGUUUUACUAUCGAUGUUGUUUCCUGUGUCCUUAACACUUUAAGCAGCUGUUCUCACCUAAAGGCUAAUGGUUUUAAGUAAGUUUCUUUUUCUUUUUUUAAUUUAAAAAUUAAAAAAUUUUUAAUUAACUUUUUUUAAAUCAAAAAAAAUUAUUAAUUAUUUUUAAUAGACAGGAUCUUGCUAUGCUGUCCAGGCUGGUCUUGAACUCCUGGUCUCAAGUGAUCCUCCUGCCUUGGCCUCCCAAAGUGCUGGUAUUACAGGUGUGAGUCACUGCCCCUGGCCAAGUUUAUUUUUUCUGCAUACAUUUCUUCAGCCACUUCAAUCAAACAUUUAAUUAACAUGCUAUAAUGAAUGACUUUUCUUACUAGGCUAACAAAUGAGGCACUUGGAAACUUACUUUAGUUACAGCCUCACUUUCUUUUUUUGUGAGGAAAUUCUGUGUUGACAUACUCUUUAAUUUCUUUUUACCUUUUCUGACUGAUUUUCUGUAAUUUGGGAAUAUUGUGAUGACUGCUUAUUCUAAUAAUAUUAACAUAUAGCAUUCUUUUAGCACAUAAAUAGUUUCAUUUGCAUAGUAAGCACCAGGCUUUGCCAUCGAAUUUGAUAAAAUAAUCCAUGCUUCAUGGUACCUUAGAGAUGGGAUAUUUUAAGUCCAAUUCUCUCUCUCUCUCUCUCAUUUUUUUCUUUUUAGAGACAAGGCCUGGAGUUACCCAUGCUGGAGUGCAGUGGUGUGACUGUAGCUCCCUGCAGCCUUGAACUCCUUGGCCUUAACUGAUCCUGCCACCUUACCUUCUGAGUAACUGGGACUACAGUGUGUGUCACCAUACCUUUUUUUUUUUUUUUUUUGACAUGAGGGGUAUAUGCUGGUAAUAAAAAUAAAAUUUUGGGGUAUGGCAAUAGGCAUGCUACUCAAAAUGCUGCCAAGUUACAAAGUGUAACUAUGAUUUGUAAUGGAUAGCAGCAGUGACAAGUGAUGAGAAUGGUCCCUUGUCAUGACUACUCUGUUAUAGUGUAAAAGCAGCCAUAGACAGUAGAUAAAUGAAUAAGUAUGGCUGUAUUCCAAUAAAGUUUUACUCAUGGACACUGAAAUAUGAAUUUCAUAUAAUUUUGUGUGUCACAAAAUGUUAAAUUUUUUUUCUAGCCAUUAAAAAUGUACAAAGCAUAAUUAGCUGUGGACUGUACGAAAGCAGGAAGCAGGUUGGACAUGGCUUUUGGGCCAUAGUUGGCCAACCCUUGCUAGAGAACAUCUAUACAUAGCAGCCUUUUGAGUAGUUUUGUUCAUCUGAGGUCAUGAAAAGGAAUUAGUAUUGGCAGGGUGCGGUGGCUCACGCCUGUAAUCCCAGCACUUUGGGAGGCAAAGGCGGGCAGAUCACCUGAGGUCAGGAGUUUGAGACCAGCCUGACCAACAUGGUGAAACCCCGUCUCUACAAAAAAUUAGCCGGGUGUGGUGGCGCAUGUCUGUAAUCCCAGCUACUGGGGAGGCUGAGGCAGGAGAAUAGCUUGAACCCAGGAGGUGGAGGUUGCAGUGAGCCGAGAUUGUGCAUUGCACUCCAGCCCGAGCAACAGGAGCGAAACUCUGUCUCAAAAAAACAAAAAACAAAAAACAAAAAAAACAAAAAAACAAGGCGGCACAGCUGGCUUGAGCAACUGAACUGGAAACAAGAUGCAGGACCCCAACACAGACACUGAGUGGAAUGACAUCUUAACGCAAAAAGGGUAUCUUACCCCCCAAGGAAAGUCUGAAAGAAUUGGAAGAGGAGGCAGAAGAGGAGCAGCGCAUCCUCCAGCAGUCAGUAGUGAAAACAUAUGAAGAUAUGACUUUGGAAGAGCUGGAGGAUCAUGAAGACGAGUUUAAUGAGGAGGAUGAAUGUGCUAUUGAAAUGUGCAGACGGCAGAGACUGGCUGAGUGGAAAGCAACUAAACUGAAGAAUAAAUUUUGAGAAGUUUUGGAGAUCUCAGGGAAGGAUUAUGUUCAAGAAGUUACCAAAGCUGGUGAGGGCUUGUGGGUCAUCUUGCACCUUUACAAACAAGGAAUUCCCCUCUGUGCCCUGCUAAAUCAGAACCUCAGUGGACUUGCCAGGAAGUUUCCUGAUGUCAAAUUUAUCAAAGCCAUUUCAACAACCUGCAUACCCAAUUAUCCUGAUAGGAAUCUGCCUACGAUAUUUGUUUACCUGGAAGGAGAUAUCAAGGCUCAGUUUAUUGGUCCUCUGGUGUUUGGUGGCAUGAACCUGACAAGAGAUGAGUUGGAAUGGAAACUGUCUGAAUCUGGAGCAAUUAUGAUGGACCUGGAGGAAAACCCUAAGAAGCCGAUUGAAGAUGUAUUGCUGUCCUCAGUGCGGCACUCUGUCCUCAUGAGGAGGGACAGCGAUUCUGAGGGUGACUGAGGCUACAGCGGCUAUCACAUGCCGAACUUUCUUGUGACAAAUGUCUGGAUUUUUAAAAAAAGGAAAAAGCAAGAAUGAAUCCUUCUGGUUUUUAGUUUUGUAUAAAUUAUGUUUCAAAUCUU